AUGUUUAGACAAAUUUAAAAUAAAUCUGUAUAUUUAUUUACCUAAUUAAAGCCAAAUUACCCAAUACAAAACAUUCGUAAUUUUAACAUUAUUGCACAUAUAGACCAUGGUAAAUCAACAUUAGCAGAUCGUAUUUUAGAAUUAACAGGCAGUAUAAAAGCCGGUAUUUAAUAUUUAGAUAAAUUAAAAGUUGAAAAAGAACGUGGAAUAACCGUAAAAGCAUAAUCAGCAUCAAUGGAAUACACAUAUAAUAACACAAAAUAUCUUUUAAAUUUAAUAGAUACACCUGGUCACGUAGAUUUUCAUUACGAAGUUUCUCGUAGUAUGCGUUCUUGUAAUGGAAGUUUAUUAUUAGUAGAUGCUUGUUAAGGCAUAUAAGCAUAAACAUUAAGCAAUUAUGAAAAAGCUAAAUAAAAUAAUUUAAAAAUAAUACCCAUAAUAAAUAAAAUAGAUAUGCCAGCAGCUAAUCCAGAAGACGUUUCAGAAUAAAUGUAAUUAUUAUUCGAAAUAGAACCGGAAGAAAUACAUUAUAUUAGUGCCAAAACAGGGAAAGGAGUUUAAAAUAUACUUGAUGAAAUUAUUUUAAAAAUACCUCCUCCGGAAGCUGAUAUAAAUAAGCCUUUUAAAUCUUUUAUAAUUGAUAGUUGGUUUUCGAAAGAUUAAGGAGUUAUUAUGUUAGCUUAAAUCAAAGAUGGUUUUAUAUCAAAAGGUGAAUAUAUCUAAUCAUGUGCUUUUAAAAAAAAAUACGAAAUUUUUGAAGUAUGUAUAUAUAUAUAUAUAUAAAGUUUAUAUAUUAAGGUAGGAGUAUUAAACCCUGAAAUGACCCCCAAAGCACGCCUAACAGCAGGUGAAGUUGGCUAUAUUUUUGCAAAUAUGAAAUAAGUGACAGAUGCUAGAGUAGGUGAUACAUUUCAUAAAGUUGAUUAAGUUAUAGAGCCUGAACCUGGUUUUUAACCUGUACACUCGAUGGUAUUUGCUGGUUUAUAUCCUGAUGAUCCUGACGACUACCCUAAUUUGUAAAAAAGUAUUCAUAAAUUAGCUCUUACAGACCCUGCAGUGAGUAUUUAUAAAGAAAGUUCGGCAGCUUUAGGUCCAGGGUUUAGAUGUGGAUUUUUAGGUUUGUUGCAUAUGGAUGUAUUUAAAUAAAGAUUAGAUGAUGAAUAUGGUUUAGGGUGUUUUUUAACUACACCGAAUGUACCAUAUAGAGCCAAAUUAAAAGGAUAAGAUAAAAUUAUUGAAAUAGAAAAUGCAUUAAUGGCCCCAGAAGAAGUAAAUGUGGAAUAUUAUGAAGAACCAAUAGUAGAAGCAACUAUUAUUUGCCCAAAAGAAUAUAUAUAGGAAGUAUUAAAUUUUUGUUCUGAAAGGAGAGGGAUUUAAAAAGAAAUUCAUUUAAUUGAUGAUAAAAGAUAAAAAAUAAAAUUCGAGUUCCCUUUAAUAAUUUUAUUAAUGGGUGAACCGGUUGAUACUUUAUCUUUUAUGGUGCAUGAAAGAAGGGCAUAGUAGUUUGGAAAACUAAUUUGUGGAAAAUUAAAAGAUAAAUUACCUGCAUAAUAGUUUACGCUAAUUAUUUAGGCUAAAGUGGGGAGUAAGAUUAUUGCAAAGGAAGAAAUUUCUUAGAUGAGGAAAAAUGUUACUGCUAAAUGUUACGGAGGAGAUUAUUCAAGGAAAAAAAAAUUAUUGGAAAGACAAAAAGAAGGAAAAAAAAAUUAAGAUAAAUUGGAAAUGUAUAAAUUGAUAAAGAUAUUUUUGUAGAUAUUCUUAAAAAUUGAGUAAUUUUUUUUUUUUUUUUUUAAUGUAAUAUAUAUAUAUAUAUUGGUAUAUGUUACGUCUUAUUUUUAUAAUGUAAUAAUAUGUUUAUUAUUAUUACAGUUUAUUUCUUAUUAUAAAAAAUUUAAUUUUUUUAUUCAAUCUUUAAAUUAUCUAUUUAAAAAAUUUUCAGGAUUAUCAUCAUUAACUUAAUUUUUUUUAAUUUUUUUUUUUAAUUUUAAUAAAUAUUUUAACUUUUGCUUUUCGCAUCAGAAUUAUUUGAAUCUUCAUCUUCAUUUUUGA